UACGCAUGCGCCGAGUUUCUGCUGUGUUGGGGUGUGAACGCUAACAGGCUAAUCUCAGCUGCUCGUUUCUGCUAUUCUAAACAUAUUUCCACGUUUUUACCUCAGUAAGCUACAAGGACAAUGGCGGAUCCAAGAAUACGACAGAUAAAAAUCAAAACCGGUGUUGUUAAACGUUUGGCCAAAGAGGAGGUAUUGUACAUAAAGGAGGCAAAGCAGCAAGAAGAAAAGAUCGAGCGUCUCAAGGCGGAGGCUGGAGACGAGUAUGUCAUCAAGAAACAGAUGGAGGUGUUGCAAGAGGCAAGAAUGAUGAUUCCUGACUGUCAUCGUCGUUUAGCUAUGGCCCAUGCUGACCUGCAGCAACUAUUGGAAACAGAGGAAGAAUUGGCUGAAACAGAAGAAUAUAAGGAGGCCAGAACUCUUUUGGAUUCAGUCAAGCUGGAAGGAUGAUGGACACAAAUGCACACAGAUGCUAACAUACACACUGACAUCCCAAGUGUCCAUUCCAUUUGUUCAGCGUUUCAGAAGCAAAGCAAUAUGUUUACUGUUUGCAUUUCACUGAUUUUUCUUUUUAUUUUAUUUUUAUGUAUUGAUUGAGUUAAUAAUCCUCCACUUCCUCCCUGGCCUUCUAAGUGUUCAAAUUUACACAAUCAUGAAAUAAAGUUUCAGUUUACCAUUUCAAAUGCUUCCUUUUCACUAAUAAUAGCCUAUUUAUGGAAAUGUACGUUUGCCGUGUUAAUUUAGAACAUUUGUUCUCAAAAUGAAAAAUGCAUGAUUGCAGUCCAUCACAGUAUAAAUGUUCAGUUACCUUUUCAGAUAAGAGGUUCACCUGCUGUGAACACUGAAAAUCCAUGACAGAUCUUUGAUUUUCUGUAAGCUAUUCUUGUUUAUUGAUGCUGCAGGCAUGUACAUUAUUUCAGAAUUGUAAUAAAACUGUACAAAGUUGAAUUAAUAUCUAAAAUGCUUUCCUUCACCCGAUAUAUAAGAUAUUUUCCCCUCUCAUAUAGGGCUGCAGUAAUUAAUGCAUAACGUGAACCUGGACAUCUGUCAUAUAUGGACAGGAUUUGUGUUCCUGCAUGCAGAGAGGUGUAGAAUGAAAGGAAAAUAAGGUAUGAUGAGAAUGUAUUUCCAACUCUGCUGUAAGGACACUGACCUCCGCUGGCCAGAUUCUCUCAUGCAAGCAUGAGGCUCUUCUGCAUGUUUGGCCACUUUGGCCUCCUUCCACUUAUUUGCUGGAAAAACACUAAGGGUGUUAUAAUAACAUUUUGUGCAAUAAAGCAUAAUUACAUCAUGAUCUGAA